GUCACGGUAUCAAUAGGGUCUGUGUUCAUUCCAAUAAUAACUUGACCAGUAAUACGGUACGGCCUCAUCGGUGUUGAGAGAAACUCCAAGGCUUGAAAGGCUUGGUCUCGAGGCAUUAGCUUCAUUGUUCUCUCUAGCCAAAUUAAUCAAAGUCUGGAGACUGUUUGCGCUGCAAUUUUGGCUUCGUUUGAAUUACAUUCAUUUGCUGUCGGUGAGGCCAGAUUCAUUCGAACACCGGGUACCCUGCAACAAAGCAACGAGAGACAUUGCCAACCGCUCGAAUUUUUGACCCAGAACCAGAAGGGAGCACAUCCGGCAAAUCUCAAUCAACAAAUUGCUGGAAUCGACGCGGUGCAAACAAGUCGCGUUUUGUUUCUGCCAGCCUUGCGUUGUAGCCCUCCACCUGGCAACAAACUCAGGGUAACGGAUUGCCUGCCCAAGAGGCAGGCCACCCUACUUCAGGAUGGAUGUCGUUCAGGCCGUCUCCGGGUAUAUCACCAAGAUGAUAUCGACUGGUGAUAGUACAACGGGGACGCAGUCGGCAAAGAUGAAGAUCUUGCUACUGGACAGAGAUACCGUCCCCAUUCUAUCAACAGCUGUCACGCAGUCGGCCUUGCUUAACCACGAGGUCUACCUGACCGACCGUCUGGAUAAUGUCAACCGGGAAAAGAUGCGCCACCUGCGCUGCUACUGCUUCGUGCGCCCAUCACCGGAUUCCAUACAGUUCCUGAUCGACGAACUGAGGGAACCCAAGUACGGAGAAUACUACCUGUACUUCAGCAACGUCGUCAAGAAGUCGUCCCUUGAACGACUCGCCGAGGCGGAUGACCAUGAAGUUGUCAAGGCCGUCCAGGAGCACUUUGCCGACUUCAUCGUCAUCAACCCAGACCUCUUUUCCCUCAACCUCAGCCUGCCCCAGAAUAGGUUAUGGAGUACCGACCCCAACAUGUGGAACGCCGACUCGCUGCAGCGUGCCACAGAAGGGAUUCUGGCUGUUCUAUUGGCUUUGAAGAAAAAGCCCCUGAUCAGGUACGAGAAGAGCAGCCUAAUGACCAAGAAACUGGCCACCGAGGUACGGUACCACAUGACCCAAGAGAGUCAGCUCUUUGACUUUCGCAAGGUCGAUACCUCGCCCAUACUGCUCAUACUUGAUCGACGCGAUGAUCCCAUAACACCACUUCUGAGCCAGUGGACAUAUCAAGCCAUGGUCCAUCAGCUUCUCGGUAUCAAGAAUGGUCGAGUAGAUCUUAGCGACGUGGGCAAUGCCAAUCCUGACUUGAGAGAAAUCGUCUUGUCACAAGACCAGGACCCGUUUUUCAAAAAGAACAUGUACUUAAACUUUGGCGAUCUGGGAUCCAACGUAAAGGACUACGUUGAGCAGUUCCAAACAAAACACAAGAACAACGUCCAGCUUGAGUCCAUCGCAGACAUGAAGCGCUUCGUGGAGGAAUACCCCGAGUUUCGAAAACUAUCGGGAAAUGUGAGCAAACAUGUUCAUCUGAUGUCGGAGCUAAGCAGGCGAGUGGGCGAGGAGAACCUACUCGAAGUGAGCGAGUGUGAGCAGAGUUUGGCUUGCAACGACAACCAUGCAGCAGAUCUCAAGAAUAUGCAAAAAAUUAUACAAAACCCGUCAGUAACGGCUGACCACAAGGUCGGUCUUGUGGCCUUGUAUGCUCUACGAUAUGAGAAACAUCCAUCCAGCGCGUUGCCGAUGCUCGUGGAUCUACUGGUAGCAGCAGGCGGUGUCUCUCCGCGAAGGGCGGACCUGGUCACCAAAGUUCUCCAGUACCAGAACUCGGUCUCGCAGUCCCAAGCCGCAGGCGGCAUAACGGACAUCUUCGAGUCGACGGGAAUAUUUUCAGGUGCUAAGGCUUUCAAGGGGUUGAAGGGUGUUGACAACGUCUAUACUAUGCACUCGCCCAGACUGGAGAUGACGUUGCAGAAUCUGAUUAAGGGCAAGCUCCGAGAUCAGCAGUACCCUUUUGUAGAGGGAGGUGCCACCACGAGAGACAAGCCCCAGGAUAUAAUUGUGUUCAUGGUCGGUGGUGCCACGUACGAGGAGGCAAAGACUGUAGCAGGCAUCAACGCCUCGACACCCGGAGUAAGGGUGGUCCUGGGUGGGACAACAAUACAUAAUGCGGACAGUUUCCUGGAAGAGGUGGAAGAUGCUGUCAUGUCUUGGCCAGAGCCACCACCAACGACCACUGCAGGACGGUUGAGGAAGGAGAUAGGGCGUAGGUAGGGUUAGGUGGGUGUGACACUCGCACUCCUGAUAGUCAAUCGAAGUCAAUCGAUAAUGAAAAAUGAGGAGAUCAUCAG